GGGCCAUGGCGGCCGAGGCGGCGGAGCGGCACCUGGGGCUGCUGCGGGACGAGCGGGAGGCAGAGCUGGCCCAGAGCAGGGCAUGGCAGGAGAGCGUCUCCCUGAAGGAAUUGCAGCGGAGAGGUGUCUGCUUGCUCAAGCUCCAGGUCAGCAGCCAGAGAACCGGCCUCUACGGGCGUCUCCUGGUGACAUUCCAGCCCAGGAAGCGGGACUCGGACACCGAGCUGCCCUCCAACAGCUUUGGGCCUGGGGACAUCGUGGGGCUCUAUGAGUCGGCUGGGCAGGGGGACCCGCUGUGCACGGGCGUGCUGACACGUGUCACCCCCAAGGCAGUGACAGUGGCCCUGGAGGAGGCCCGGGAUGGGGAGCUGGCCCUGGACCACGAGCGCUCCUUCCGCCUGCUCAAGCUGGCCAACGAUGUCACCUACAACAGGCUCAAAAGAGCUCUAACUGCACUCAAGCAGUACCGUGGUGGCCCAGCCUCUGACCUGAUCGACGUCCUCUUCUUUGCCUCUGCUCCCAGGGCGUUCCCUGGAACAAAGCCUCUGGAGUUCUUCAAUGGCUCCCUGGAUGAGUCUCAGAGGGAAGCUGUGUCCUUCUCCCUGGCUCAGAGGGAGCUGGCCAUCAUCCACGGGCCUCCAGGCACAGGGAAAACCACGACCCUGGUGGAGAUCAUCCUGCAGGCUGUGCAGCAGGGCCUGAAGGUGCUGUGCUGUGCCCCGUCCAACGUGGCCGUGGAUAACCUGGUGGAGCGGCUGGCGGGCUGCAGGGCGCGGCUGCUGCGGCUGGGCCACCCCGCCCGCCUGCUCCAGCCCAUCCAGCAGCACUCCCUGGACGCCGUGCUGGCCCGAGGGGACAACGCCCACAUCGUGGCUGACAUCAGGAGGGACAUCGACCACGCCUGGGCAAAAACCAAAAAGGCCCAAGACAAAGGAGAGCGAAGCCAUUUCCUGGGUGAGAUCAAGACCCUGAGGAAGGAGCUGAAGGAGAGAGAAGAGGCUGCUAUGACUGCAGCCCUCAGCCAGGCCAGCAUUGUCCUUGCCACCAACACAGGUGCUUCCUCAGACGGCCCCCUGAAGCUGCUGCCUGAAACCCACUUUGACCUGGUGGUGAUUGAUGAGUGUGCCCAGGCUCUGGAAGCCAGCUGCUGGAUCCCUCUGCUGAAGGCUCCCAAGUGCAUCCUGGCUGGGGAUCACAAGCAGCUGCCCCCCACCAUCAUCUCCCACAGGGCCGCGGCCGAGGGGCUGUCCCUGAGCCUGAUGGAGCGGCUGGCGGGGCACUACGGGGAGCGGGCGGUGCGGAUGCUGACCGUGCAGUACCGCAUGCACCGGCUCAUCAUGGAAUGGGCGUCCUCGGAGCUCUACGGCGGCCAGCUCAGCGCACACCCCUCCGUGGCACAGCACCUGCUCAGGGACCUGCCAGGUGUCUGUGACACAGAAGAGACCAGCAUUCCCCUGUUGCUCAUAGACACCGCUGGCUGUGGCCUGUUUGAGCUGGAAGUGGAGGAUGAACAGUCCAAGGGGAAUCCAGGGGAGGUCCAGCUGGUGGGGAUGCACGUCCAGGCCUUGGUGGACGCUGGUGUGAAGGCCAAGGACAUCGCUGUGGUGGCCCCCUACAACCUCCAGGUGGAUAUGCUCAGACAGCACCUUUGCCACAGCCAUCCCGAGCUGGAAAUUAAAUCAGUGGAUGGUUUCCAGGGCAGGGAGAAGGAGGCAGUGAUCCUGUCCUUUGUCAGAUCCAACAAGAAAGGUGAGGUGGGCUUCCUGGCCGAGGAGCGGCGGAUCAACGUGGCGGUGACGCGGGCGCGGCGCCAGGUGGCCGUGGUGUGUGACAGCCACACCGUGGGCAGCCGCCCCUUCCUGCGGCGCCUGCUGGACCACCUGGCCCAGCACGGCCUCGUGCGCUCCGCCUUCGAGUACCUGGAUGACCUCGUGCCCCAAAACUACCCCGGGGAGGGCCAGGCCCAGCGCCAGCAGGGCCCCAAAGCACCGGGCCCCAAAGCGCGGCCGGCUCCGGCUGGGAAGAUCAAGGCGGCAGCAGGCGGAACAGGGAGCCAGAAACAGGGAGCACGGAGCUCCCCAAGCACUGCCACAGCUGGAAGGGACAGCUCAGGGUCAAAGGAGGGUGGGGACAGGUUCAGGGCCAUGCUGGUGGCCUUCCUGGCGAGCAGCGAGGCACAGCUGGAUUUCCCAACAUCCCUGAAUUCCCACGAGCGGAUGCUGGUCCAUGUGCUGGCAGAGGAGUACGGGCUGCAGCACCUGAGCUCCGGGGAGGGCUGGGACAGGUACAUCAGUGUCCGCAAGAGACUCCCCAAGCAGCCCCUGCUGCCCUCUGAGCCCCUUCCCGAGCCACCACUGCCCUCUGAGCCCCUUCCCGAGCCCCCGCUGCCCUCCAAGCCCCUUCCUGAGCCCCCGCUGCCCUCUGAGCCCCUUCCCGAGCCACCACUGCCCUCUGAGCCCCCGUUGCCCUCCAAGCCCCUUCCUGAGCCCCCGCUGCCCCCCGAGCCCCUUCCUGAGCCCCAGCAUCCCCACGGGAACACCCCUGACCCUGCAGAGCCAGGGGAAAGCAGCAAGAGCUCAGGGAAAGUGGAUCUGAAAUCUCUGCACCUGGAGAGAGUCCAGAGGGAGAAAGCCAGGCGGGAGGAGGCGGCCAGGAAAGUGCAGGAGCCCAGGAGUGGCAGAAGGAAAAAGGACAAGAGUGAAGCCAAAGGAAAGCCGGCGAUCGGGAGCGUGGCCGGGGAGGAUUUUGACGCUCUGAUCUCCGCUGCCAUGGAAGCUGACAGGACCUGUGGCUUCCCCCGCUGCAAGGCCUCUGUCACCACCCUGGGCCAGCUCUGCCACCACUGCCAGCGGCUCUUCUGCCUCAGCCACCACAUCCCUGAGGUGCACGGCUGUGGGGACAAGGCCAAGGCGCAGGCCCGGCAGCGGAUCAGCCGGGAGGGGAUCCUGUACCCCGGCAGCGGCUCCAAGGACAAAUCCCUGGAUCCCGCCAGGCGAGCCCACCUCCAGCGCCGCCUGGACCAGAAGCUCAGUGAGCUGACGAGCCAGAGGAAGGGCAAAAAGAAAGACAAGGAGAAAUGAGGGACUGAAUCCUGCUUUUUUAACCUCAAAGCCACAGCUCGGCCCCCCCAGGGCAAAGCUGCUGUGCUGGGCCUGGGGAGAAUAGGGGGCUCCAUUUUGGGGGAAAGCCUGGAGCUGGGAGCUUUCUCAAGGUGCAGGGCUGAGGCAGGGGAGGGAGAGCUGCUGCAUUGUCCUGGUUAUGGACACGGUGAUGGAUGCACUCAGGGGCCAGAGCACGCUGGUAAAACGGGCAUUAAACACCCAAAGCUGUCACUGUCACAUCGGUCCCUGCGGCAGCACAUGAUGGAUGCCUGGGAACAGGAACGUGGGAGGCAUGGAAAACCCUGGGUAACCCUGUGCUCCAGGGAGGAUGGCUGAGGAAAUGGAUGUGUCCCAGCCCAGCAAUCCUCUGGCUCUGCUCAGAGCUGGAGGGAGCCAGCCUG